AUGGCAUCUAAAGACGACGUAUUAUACACGGAAGAAGCCGGUUGCGUCAAUAACAUUACGUGUAGAGUUACCUUUGCAACUUUUCUUACGUUUAAGCUUGACGACACUGAAAUACCAAUCCCCGAGGACAACGGCCGUAACAUUGGACGCUUACAUGCCGGAGAAGAAGAAGGGUCCCCUGUUGAUCUAUUCUCUUCGUUUGGGAUAAUUUGUGAAAAUAAUGAAUGGUAUAUAACGAAAUAUCCAUCUGGAAUAGAGUACUUCUCUAAAAAUUGCAAAUGCUAUCAUUUCAUUGGAGUCGGAGGAGAAUACGAUGGAAAAAAGAGCAAACUCGAUGAGUUUAACUGUGUUAGACUCAUGCGAGAAAUUCACAAGAUAUCCAUGGAUUUUCAGAAUUCUGUGGAAAUCGGCAGUGGUGAUCGGAUAGUUAGAAACAGUCAAAUUGUUGAAGAAAUCUGUCCAGCCAGUGCAAUAGAUCUGGAAAAUUAUAUUGUCUCUGAAGGGAAGGUUAUGGAGGCUCGACGAUCGCUGUUGGAGCAAGCUCGAUCGAGAUCCAAAAAGUCCAUCGCGGCAAGAAUUUGUAUCAGCUCAGUGAUGUUCUGA